AUGAUAGUUUGGUUUACUGUGAAUUUGAGUAUGAAAGAGAGUGGGGAGGACUUGUGUGAUGCUUCCCCUUUACGAGAGAAUGCGAGAGAGAAAAAUGAGGGGGGAGUCUUCUGUCUUCAGUUUUUAGGUGCUAAUAUGGAGAAACUUAUCAGUGUGCGUUUGAAAAACGUGAGAGAAAUGGAGUUCUCGUUGAGUAUAUUGCUGCUGGUUGAAAUCGAUGCCAUGAACUCUCGGAUUGAUUUGAUGUGGCACAGAAUGUAUGACAGCUGUAGGAAGAUUGGCAAUCUUUGGUUGAGGACUGAGUAUGACCGAGGAGUCAACACCUUUUCUCCUGAGGGCCGUUUGUUUCAGGUUGAAUAUGCAAUUGAAGCCAUCAAGCUGGGAUCAACUGCAAUUGGGUUGAAGACUAAAGAGGGUGUUGUCCUUGCAGUUGAAAAACGCAUAACUUCACCACUGCUGGAGCCAAGUAGUGUUGAGAAAAUUAUGGAAAUUGAUGAGCACAUAGGUUGUGCAAUGAGUGGAUUGAUUGCUGAUGCCCGAACACUUGUUGAGCAUGCACGGGUGGAAACUCAGAAUCAUAGGUUCUCCUAUGGUGAGCCAAUGACUGUCGAGUCCACAACCCAAGCUCUUUGUGAUCUCGCCUUGCGAUUUGGUGAAGGUGAUGAAGAAUCCAUGUCUCGACCAUUUGGAGUAUCUCUUCUCAUUGCUGGCCAUGAUGAGAAUGGGCCGAGCUUGUAUUACACUGAUCCAUCUGGCACAUUUUGGCAAUGCAAUGGAAAAGCUAUUGGUUCAGGGUCGGAAGGUGCAGACAGUUCUCUGCAAGAACAAUACAACAAGGACCUAACUCUUCUGGAAGCGGAGACUAUUGCUUUAUCCAUUUUGAAGCAAGUUAUGGAAGAGAAGGUUACUCCCAACAACGUUGACAUUGCCAAGGUGGCCCCAACAUAUCAUCUUUAUACCCCCUCUGAGGUGGAAGCUGUGAUAAGUCGUCUAUGA